AUGUCUGUUGCCAAAUCUGCCUCCACUAAACUGAACUGGGCCUCCGUUAUCUCGUCCCUUAAACUUACAGGUAAGACUGCAACUCAAUUGAGUUCUUUCAAGAAGAGAAAUGAUGAAGCUCGCAGAAAGCUGUUAGAACUUCAAUCUCAGCCAACCAGUGUUGACUUCAGCCAGUUCCGCUCUGUUUUGAAAAAUAGUGAAGUUGUUGACAAGAUCGAGUCGUUUUACAAGUCCUACAAGCCAGUGACCGUGGACGUCAAGAAACAGCUUUCUACCAUCGAAGCUUUCGAAUCUCAAGCCCUUGAAAACGCCAGGGAAACUGAGAAAUUCGUUGCUCAAGAGCUAAAAGAUCUGAGCGACACUUUGAAGAACAUCGAGUCUGCCAGACCUUUCGACCAACUAACUGUCGAAGAAUUGGCUAAGGCUAGACCAGACAUCGACGCGAAGGUCGAGGAAAUGGUCAAGAAGGGCAGAUGGGAAGUUCCAGGCUACAAGGAGAAGUUUGGCGACUUGACUGUGAUGUAA